AUGAACGGCUGGCUCGUCUUCGCCAUCGUCCUGGUACUGCUCCUCUCCGGCUCCUACUUUGGCUGGUACUUUUACGCCCGCUGGAACGCCAAUCGCAAUGGCCUCCCCCCACCCUCUAUGAACCCCCUCGUUGCCUUUUCCAGCUCCUCUGGCGCCGCCAGUGCUUCAAACUACCCGGGCCCUGCGCCCGUUGGUAUCAAAGGUUGGCUCAGCGCCCAGGUGUACAAGUUCAAGAACCGAAAUAACCGCUACACGACUGGUGGCGGCUUCGAAGAGCCUGCCUAUGGCGCUGGCGCGACACGCGGUCGUGGUGCGGGCAGCCGACUGGAUCCAGACGAGGCAUGGAGUUCUCGUGUCGGCGACGAAGCCUACUACGAGGAGCAGGAACUUGGCCUUCACGAACCGGCCUCUACCCAUGCCCAGUCUUCAAAUCCGUACCAGAGUACCACGGCGUAUGGCGGCGCUUCCGCUGGUCUGUCGCAAGAACCGAGCCGUGGACGGAGUCGGCAGCGCGACUCAUACGAUGAACAGCUCGAUGCGCAGAGUGCGCGGAAUCCGUUUGGCGACGACAAUGCGACGAGUUUGAGGGGCGUCAGUCCUCGGCCUUUGGGCGGAGAAGAUACAAGUUACCAUGGGGGCGCGAGCACGACGGCACCCAAGCAUAAGAAGCCAGGAAGUGUGAAUAGCACGGAUAACAGUCCGACGGAGAGUCGGAGGAGCGUCUUUAGAGAAGGUUUAUGA